GGAAAAUAUCCCCGAUGCUGCACUUCUCGAUUCCACACAUCUUCCUGAACCUUCUCCCACAAUUUAGAGAACAGACAAAGAGGAAUUGAGCAUUCCGAUAUCUUCAUCUCAUCUGCAACAUACUCAAGCACCACGAAUCAUGGCUGAAGUUGAACAUCCUCAACCGAUCCCUCAUCGAAAACCUCGCAAAUCGGUCGCAUUCAGCGGCGACAGCACCAUCAUGGAUGAAAAUGGCGAGAUCUCAGAGGCACCUCUGUCCGGCGCUGAGGACAAGGUUACGGCAGAGAAACACUCUUCACCGCCCGAUGACCAAGCCGUCGAUGAAAUGACGGACAUGUUCGCAGGCCUAAACAAGAAAAAGAAGAAAUCGACCAAAUCGAAAACGGAGGACAAGGAGGAUGGCGAAGCCGCCGCUCCCGGUACUGGUGCUGACGGCGACUUCGACGCCUCCGCCUUGAAGAAGAAGAAAAAGAAGUCAACCAAACCAAAAGCUGAGGGAGAAGACUUCGCCGAGAAGCUCGCCCGCGCCGGCCUUGCGGAUGCAACAGCGGAAGAGCAAGAGGAGGUUGCGGCACAGGAACAGACAGGGGACAUGACUCAGGGAACAGGAAUUUGGGCUCAUGACGCCACAUCCCCGAUUUCGUACGAGCUUCUCCUCAAACGAUUCUUCCACCUCGUCAACGAACACAAUCCGGACAUUCUGUCCUCCGGGAGCAAAUCAUACAAGAUCCCACCCCCUCAAUGUCUAAGGGAAGGCAACAAGAAGACAAUCUUCGCCAACAUCGCCGAGAUCUGCAAGAGGAUGAACCGAAACGACGAGCACGUCACCCAAUUCCUGUUCGCCGAACUCGGCACGAGCGGUUCGGUCGAUGGGUCCAAGAGAUUGGUCAUCAAGGGCAGAUUCCAACAGAAACAGAUUGAGAACGUCCUGAGACGGUAUAUCGUCGAGUACGUGACUUGCAAGACCUGCCGGUCCCCCAACACCGAGUUGAGCAAAGGUGAGAACCGGCUGUACUUUGUCACGUGCAAGUCAUGUGGCAGCAGACGGUCAGUGACGGCUAUCAAGAGCGGUUUCACGGCUCAAGUGGGCAAGAGAAAGAGGCUCAAUGGAUAAGCCUAGUCUGGAAUUUCGAGGCUGGGUUGGAGGGAGGGGCGGAUUCAGUCGUUUCCGCGAGGGAGGGGAAUGGCAUGGCGUUGGCGAAAAGAUACGACUCCAUGUGAAAAUAGGCAUGAGAAGGCCCGAAAAUGGAAAACGAACUUGAUAUGGAGCACACCGAGAUUACAGGCGUAACGCUCAUGAAGACAAAGUAGGACCGCUAACUAUUAUUAGAAAUGUCAUUGUUCCUUGUUCAUACCUCCCGAUGUGAG